AUGGAGUUCAUCAGCGAAACUGUGGAUAUUGACUGUCGUACUAACCUGUCGACCGAUCAGGAUGGAUUUUCUGAGAAUCAUGGGCCGUCCCAGGCGAGGUGGGAAAACGGAGAACUGCGUCAUCCGACGCCUCCUCCCACCUCAGGCUGUCCUUCCAUUGCAGAAGCUCUUCGACGUCCUGCUGUCAUUGAGAACCAGCCAGUACAAGGGGACCAGCUACUAUUUGAACAGAAUCAGCUUGCGGUUGAAGAGAAUGUGUACCCGAUUCCCCAAGAGCAUUGCGCUCCCACGCGUGGAUUUAAUACCAACGAAGGACUGACAUUCCAAUUCCGCCACAACGAAAAUAUGUUCUUUUCAGCGAAAGAUGCUCUGUCUAAGAACUUUGCUGGACUGCAUCGGCGUGAUGAGAUCGUAAUUAACAAGGACUACGGGCGAGAAAGCUCCAAGUUGACAAUACGAUUCUUGUGGCCAGUUUCUGCCAAAGGUCAGCUGUACCCGGAGUUCAAACCUCAGAUCGAAGUUGGAGAACUUGUUACGGUGGCAUCACUUGCCUACAAGAUAGGACAGCAACUAGAAAAGUUCAUUGAGGAGAAUAAGCAUAGACCGUAUGAUGACGUACGCUGGAAAGUAGGAGGCGAUGAUGGCCUCGGAGUGGACGACAUCGCUCUUCUCGGCUUUCGGCGAGUAUCGAAAGGAAGCAUACAGCCAGAACUGGGGCUAUUACUACCUCGGACCUGA